UCAGGUUUUCACUAGGCGUGCUACAGGGUUAGUGAGAGUAACUCCUGGUGGAUGCGCAUUACAUGUUCAUUUUUCCCCCCACACCUCAGGAAAUUGUAAUUGUAAUUGGAAUUUGUAAAUUGGCCUGCACUGAGCAUUGAACAUACACAAGGUUAGUGAGAGUAACGUUUGAUCAGUGCACGCCAUAAAGAUUUUUGUUGCCUUUCAUAGUUAAAGGAAGAAAAGAUAAUACUCUGUGGUUGCAGUUGUCACUACCUGUCUGUGACUCUGCUGUUGCUAACGCUAACCCCACUUUACUAUACCGGCUUUUGCACCUGUUGAUCCGACUGGAUAUGAUAAUUGUAAUUGUUUGUCUACACAUUGUCCUCGCAUCAUUGAGCAUUGAGCAUAUUUUUAAGAAAUUUGGGUUGUUCCACAACCAAUCAACCCACCCACCUCUGUAUUUCGAGUCCUGAAGAAGAUCCUAACCAGGAUCGAAACGUUGACAAUGAAAUAAAGAAGAGAGAGACCUAAAUCACGCUCUUUAAUUUCCCACACCCCUUAACUAUUGCAUAUAAUCGACUCUGGGAAUUAUCCGUUCAUAUAUUCAAGCAUGGGGUUUUAUGCAGAAGUAAGACAAAACUAUGGAGUCGCGAUGUCAGAUGCCCUAAAGAGGUGGUCAUCACUCAAUUUGAAACUUGCCGCCCAUAGAAAUCGAAGAAUUUUUCUCCUGGAAUGCAAGAGAAGAGGUUUAACACCAAAACAUAUGUCUGGCAACAUGAAUUACCUUCUCAAUUCGGCAUCAGACGCCAUAUCGUCAAGGCAGGCUCAGACAAUGAAAGAGCGUUCUCUGCGACUCAUCAUCCAGUUCGAGAUCACAGUCACAGUCACCAAGAUCACAAGAAUGGAGGAUGAGCAGUCCGGAUUGUGGGAGAGUCUGGAGGGUUUUCUUCCACAGGAGAUGCUUAGUCGGUUCAAACAUUACCAACAUAACAAAUAUACUAGAUUUUUUACCACAAUCAAGGAGAGUAAUCUGAGGAAAGUGAGAGCUCUAUCAGAUGAACAACUCCAUAAGUUAAGCCCACAGGACAGAUGGGUAAGAAAUAUCAGCUCUACCACCAUACCAGAUAGAGUUAUCAAAUUCUUGGCACUCGGCCCCAAAUUCAGUGUGGAUGUCCCAGCCAGGAAGAUACCCAUGUCUAGGUUACUGUCAGACAUAGAAAACAUCAUCAGCCUAAACGACACACUAUCAGAAGAAGGAAGAAAUUUCAAACGUGCACAAGCAACCAAUGUAGUUACCAAUUGUAUCAAGUCCGGGAGGGGAACCAACAACAUAUACCACAAUGAAUUUUUCCACUGCAUGAAAUACCUGAAACAACAUCCAGGUUUGCUAGUUGUAAGAGCUGAUAAGGGAAAUGUGACGGUGCUAAUGGAUAAGACCCAAUACAAAGAACUAGUGGACACAUUACUACAGGAUGAACAGUACUAUAAACAACUACCUAGAGAUCCCACCACGUCGAUGCAGAAUAAAUGCAAUGCAGUGAUCAAAAGUUUGGUGAACAAGGGCUACAUAACACAGACCCAAGGAAAACGGCUGUACAACUACAACUCGGUCCCUGCGAGAUUUUACGGAUUACCAAAAAUCCACAAGCCCACUCUCACAAUCAGACCAAUUAUAUCGUGCAUCAAUACCCCUUCCUCCAAACUGUCAGUGUUCAUAUCUGACAUCCUAUCUAAAUACUUGUCAGCCUCUAGAAGCAUUUACUUCAUCGAAGAUUCUUUCUCAUUUGCUGACCUCAUCAAUGAUUUCCAGCUCCCUGACAACUACGUCAUAAUUAGUUUGGACGUUAUAUCACUGUUCAACAACAUAUCCUUAGACCUUGCGGUUUCAGCAAUAGAGAGUAAAUGGCAACUUAUAAACAACCAUACAAACAUACCAAAGGAAGAAUUCUUGAGCAUAAUCAAUUUCCUGUUCACAUCCAACUAUUUUGUGUUCGAUGGCAUCUUCUACUUACAAAUUCUUGGCUCACCCAUGGGCUCAAACUCCAGCUCCCCAAUUGCAGACAUAGUUAUGGACUUCAUUUUGGACAACGUACUUUCUGAUGUUCCUUUCCACAUCCCCUUCAUCAAGAAAUAUGUGGAUGACAUUAUCUGCGCCGUGCCUGAAGAACAGGUGAGCUACCUCCUUGAAAAGUUUAACAACCACCACCGGAGAGUGCAAUUCACCAUAGAAAAAGAAACUGAUAGAAGUGUUCCAUUUUUGGACACGAAGGUAAUCAGAUUACCUAACAACCGAUUAAUCUUAGAUUGGUACCGCAAACCAACGAGCUCAGGGAGGUACAUACACUACCUGUCCAACCACACACAUGGACAGAAAGUAAAUUUAGUAUUGGGAUUAAAAAACCGGAUUCGACGAAUCGCGCACCCCUCCUUGAGAACACAAAACCUUGAAAUAUUGUUCCAAUUGAUGCUGGAAAAUGGUUACCCCAGGGGUCUAUUAAACAGAUUGAUUCACAGCUCCACUCAUUCCGGACAGCCACGGAAUGAACACAGGGGCGCAUCCACCACAAUAGAUUUGAAUCUAACUUACGCAUCCUUACCAUUGAUCAAAGGCAUGACAAAUGCUCUGAUAAGCCUUUUGAAGACCCCCAACAUAAAGUUGAUCCCCAAACCAGAGUUCAAGAUUGACAGACUCCAUAGUAGGAUAAAAGAUAGCGUAAGCACAUUCCACAAAAGUGGAGUGAUAUAUUCUGUUCCAUGUUCGAUGUGUAAUGAAAUCUAUAUUGGACAGACGUCGCAACAGCUUAAGAAGAGGUUGGCUCAACAUAGAAGCGAUAUCAAGAACCCCAAUAAGAUAUGUGCCUUGGCAGACCACAGCAGAGAUAGAGACCACUUAAUGGACUAUGAGGCCACUAGGGUCCUAGAUUGCGAACGCAAUGGAGGAAAGCGUUCCUUUUUGGAAAUGUACCACAUCAAGCGCCACCCCAAUGCCAUGAAUUACAGAAGAGAUGUAAACCACAUCAGCAGCAUCUAUUCCUACCUAAUCCACUUCGACCAGGUCAAUGAAGGUGACCCAUCAAGACCACGAAGUGUAUCCAGUGACGGAGUGCUUUCUGACGGCAGCAGGUCAGGAAUCGGUUGACCGUCGUGAGUGAUUGUCCACCAAAUUCAGUGACAGUGAAUUUGUGGCUAAACAUAUUGAUCGCGACUGAUUUUAAAUUAAGAAUUCAGUGAGAGUGAAUUGGACAAUAAUUAGCGACUGAUAAUAACUUAUAAAAUAUAAAUUAAGAAACGACAU